AUGGCGACGACGCCUUUACGAGACCUGUUGGAAUCCGGAGAGGGCCUGCCCAUCGUAGAAGAGAAGACCACUGAACUGGUCAUUGAAUACUCUCAGGGUACCAAUGACAUGAAUUAUACAUUCUCAUCUGGAGCAUUCGAACCUAAAAAGCAUAAAGAUAUGCUUGAAGCCGCGAAGCAUGAACUAUCAGAGGAAGCUGGUCUCGCUGGUGGUGAAUGGAUACAACUGAGUGAUAAUGUGAAUGGUAUUGCUGAGUUGAAAUGGGGCAGAAAUAGAUUCGUACCGUUUCUGGUUAUAGAUCCUGUCGCAGAUGAGACUCCAAGAGCAAAAGACGCUGAAGAACUGAUUGAAAUGAGAAACAAUGUAUCUCCAGCCGAUCUGAAAAAGGCUAUAUUGAAGGGCCAGCUACGGCUUCCAUCAGUUCAAACAUGGAUUAUGGCUGAAGAUGUGUUGAGACAGCGUGGACUGUUGUGA